CUUUGUCAAAGCGGCUGAACUCGUUAUUACGGCGGCCGAAAACAUAUAAAUUUCCUCCACCGUUCUUCCAUUUCAAGCGUUACCUUACGGAUACAAAGUUGAAAACAAAGAUCAGUAAUUCAGACAAGCGUUAUCAAUGAAGAAUAUCACGUGGUGUAUGACCAUUUUGGUUUCCAGUCUUCUCAUAAUUGCAACAGGCUCACGGCAGACUGAUCAUGAAUCAAAUGCUGGCGAGAAGAUCGCAAUUCGUGUUUUCAACCACGACUAUCGAGCAACUGUGAAUGAUGUCCUCAGAAAACUGGAGACUGCACAACUCCAACGCAGGGGUUUCACCAGAACAGUCAUCAACGAAACUGUCACAACAGCAGAUGAAAGACCAGUUACUUCCACGGUACUUCACUUUUACAAAAAAAUUCCUUGCAGGCAGUUGAUGUAUGUUGAGGAAGAAGUGCGAAGACUUUGGCCCGAGGCCUGGGGAGAGGAGGUUUCUAGACGCGUUGUCUCCGCCGCUUCGCGCGCGAUGCUUUUUAGCGGGAAAAUGUGCACGGCUGGCAUAGAGGUUCAUUUCCCGCCACGCGGAGGUUGUGCUGCGAAGAAGGAGAAACGAAGCAGUAAACGAAAGUGUGAAGAUUGGUGUUUAUUUUGCUUUAGUGCUAAUGCCGAAAAUUAACACAAUAACAAUUUAUACUUAUUUUUGCAUUUUAAAUUUUAAAGUUUUUGUUGCAGUUUAUGCGAAGGUACACUUAAAAUAAAAAUCUUUAGAGUGAAGUA